AUGACAUAUAGUGGAAUGGGACCAGAUUUUAGAGUUUUAGUUGAUAAAGCACGUAAAUUAGCUCAAGUUAAUUACAAACGUAUAUAUAAUGAAUAUCCACCAGUUAAAAUAAUGGUUCAAGAAAUUGCUAAAGUUAUGCAAGAAAGUACUCAACUGGGAGGUAUUCGACCAUUUGGUGUUUCAUUAUUAGUUGGAGGAUAUGAUGAAUAUAAUGAAACUUUUCAAUUAUAUCAAGUUGAUCCAAGUGGAAGUUAUUUCCCUUGGAAAGCAACUGCAAUUGGUAAAACUUCAAAUCUGGCUAAAACAUUUUUAGAAAAAAGAUGGAAUGAAAAUUUACAAUUGGAAGAUGCUAUUCAUGUUGCUCUCUUGGCAUUAAAAGAAAGUGUUGAUGGUGAAUUAAUUGGGGAAAACUUGGAUAUUGCCGUUAUUAGUGAUCCUCAAGAACAAUUAUUGGGUUUUACUGGUACUAAUACUCCUGGUCCAAGAUUUAGAAAAUUAUCAGCUGAAGAAAUAAAUGAUACUUUGGAUUCUUUGUAA